AAUACGAUUAUAUUCCCCGAUGUGUGGAAAGACGGACGGAUGGAAACCGGAAGGGAGAUAGAGAUAACUAAUCCCCAUUCCAUGCCUAAAUAGGUUCAGCAACGAUCAAGAACCGAAAGCAAAAUUGCCACCUCGACGCUUCUCUUGAUCACUCAAUCCCGAAAGAAUCGGUUUCAAUCGAUCCUCCAUUCCUGAAAUCUAGAUCUACGAUCUUCCAACAGCUCCAAAAUUCUGGUUACAAUGUCGGUGGAAUCUGCCAUCACCAGCAACGUUAAUGGCGGUUCUGUGUUCAACAAUGGCGACCAGAAGAAACCGUUUAAGAUCUUCGUAGGUUACGAUCCACGUGAAGAUCUAGCGUACCAGGUGUGUCGUUACUCCAUCCUCAAACGAUCUUCGAUCUCCGUCGAGGUGAUCCCGAUCAAACAAUCCGAAUUGCGAGAGAAGAAAUAUUAUUGGCGCGAACGUAACAAACUCGAAAGCACCGAAUUCUCGUUCACACGGUUUUUGACGCCAUUUUUGGCGAAUUACGAAGGUUGGGCGAUGUUCGUCGACUGCGAUUUCCUCUAUCUCGGCGACGUCAAGGAACUAACGGAUCUGAUCGAUGAAAAAUAUGCAGUGAUGUGUGUUCAACACGAUUACACUCCAAAAGAGGCUACGAAAAUGGACGGCGUGGUUCAGACGGUGUACCCACGGAAGAACUGGUCGUCGAUGGUGUUGUAUAACUGCAGUCACCUGAAAAACCGGAUUCUGACGCCGGAGGUUGUGAACAAAGAAUCAGGUGCGUAUCUUCAUAGGUUUCAAUGGUUAGAAGAUGAUGAAAUUGGGUCAGUUCCUUUUGUUUGGAACUUCCUUGUGGGUCAUAACCAGGUCGUUAAUGGCGAUUUGGAUACUUUUCCAAAAGCAAUUCAUUAUACAUCUGGAGGGCCAUGGUUUGAGGCUUGGAGAGAUUGUGAAUUUGGGGAUUUGUGGUUGAAGGAAUUGGAAGAGUUUGAGAAGAUGAAUUCUUUGAAGUGUUAGGUUUUUUUUAUUGCAUGUUAGAUGUUGUUCAUCAAGUGUUUGAUGAAAUGUGUCUUAUGAUUGUUGUACUUGAUUGUUCCCAUAAAAGUAGGUGAUUUAGCCCACAAUAAAAGGGUGAGAUUUAGGGCAUAAUUCUUUACUAUUGUUUUAAUGCUGUGUUGUAACUAGACAACCAGUUGGGUUGUGGCGCACUGAUAUAUCGGUUAAGACUUAGAAGAUGUAAUGGAAAUCUUAUCUUUCUUUGGUUC